AUGGUACAGUCCUGUUCAGUUAGGCACAGGAGAAGAGACUCGAAAGUUUAUUCAACGAGGGAAAUGAAGGGACUCCCGCUAUUGCACUUGGUCUUAACAAGUCUUCUAGUCUACGCAAUUAGCGCAAAUGUUGUCGAAUCCGAUUUUAUUUGUGAGCAGGAGAUUAUCCCCAAAGACAGUAUCAAUACUGCAAUUUAUCACGCCUGUUCAGCUCUCAGCACUCCAUUAGGUAAGACUAAAUAUCCUGUUGCGUUCGAUGCCUCAACUUUAUUCUUUAUUCACGACGCAAUCUUAUUCUCCUGGCCUGUCUCAAUGGAGGGAGAAUCAUACACAAGAGGUCGUACUGGAAGGUUUCGCUCGCUCAUAGACUCAAGCUGUAAAUUCUACGGAAUAAUUCUUACCAUCAAAAAUAGACCCGAUACGCGAUGCUAUCAACCGGUAAAAGCAGUGCGCUUAUAUGAUUUAUCACUCAGUUCUGGCCCAAGAAAUCCAUCUAUCUUCCGGGGCUACAGAUGUCAGAAUAAAGUUUUUGAAUUAUCUUUUGUGGAUCAAACCUUAAGAAAUUUUCAUAAUCUCUAUACGAAGUGGAAAUCUAAUAAUAUCAAUAUUCUUCUAAAUAGUCACACAACUGUCGAUGAAUUAUUUAAAACACACGUUUACCUACUGCCAAGUGAAGUGUCCCAUUUUCAGAAUCGUUAUAUAGAAAAUCCACACAAACCCUACUUUAUCGUGGUAAAUUAUAAUUUUGAAAAAUUAGGCAUGGUCUCCAAGGAUUUGAAUAGCUGGGCAAAAUGUGACGAACUUUAUGAAAACGAACUAGAACUACGCCAGUCUCCAAACACAAUCAAGAAUUCCAUUGGUGAAUUUAUAUUCCCAGUUGAAAGUGAUUAUAAAUGUGGAUUCACCGAGUUUACGCGAAAGUCGAUCAAUAGUCACAUGCAGCUAGCUUGUAAUUUGAUUGCACGUCAAGACCAUUCUCCCUCGACCGACUUGGAUAGCAUCUUUGGUCAAUCGUUCACAAUGUCAGAGGUGGGAAUGUUCCCUGUUUUGAAGCUGCCCCUGAAAUUACCAGAAAGUGAAGUAAAUCGUACGGCUAAAAAAAGACCGAUCAGAGCCUUCAUAGUGUUUGAUAAAAUAUGUAAUUUCCAUGGAGUUUUCUGGUUCCAACAAAAUAUUAUCAAAAAAUGCAUGAAGUUAACAUGA